GAGUCUGCAAGGCUGUAGUUUUCUGUGGAGCUACUGAGUAUUUGGAACUUAUGAAAUUGACGCUUAACGCGCACUGCACCGGAUCAAGCGCAUUUACGCAGUGCUCAUAGUGCACAGUCGUUUUGAGAGGGCUCUUAUUGAUGUUUUUUUCCUGGGUCACUCCACUAGGAGUGUGCGGUCCACCUGCGGUCCGGUCGAGCAGCGCGUCAUGGAUUACAGUAACCUGAUGGCGCCUCCGGUGCCGCCACACAAACCCAGAUCCCCCCGGCCUGCGCACUGCCAGGGGCGCCUGUUGAAGUGCGUGUUUCUCGGGGACGGAGCUGUGGGAAAAACCAGCCUGAUUGUCAGCUACACGACCAACGGUUAUCCAACAAAAUACGUCCCGACAGCGUUUGACGAUUUCUCAGCGGUCGUACAGGUGGAUGGACAACCAGUGAGACUGCAGCUUUGUGACACUGCAGGACAGGAUGAAUUCGAUAAGUUGCGUCACUUCUGCUACACGCGGACUGACGUCCUCCUCCUGUGCUUCAGCGUCGUCAGCCCCGCUUCGUUCCAGAACAUUGGUGAAAAAUGGGUGCCGGAGAUCCGACGGCGUUGUCCGCUCACACCUGUGCUGCUGGUGGGCACCCAGUGCGACCUACGGCAGGACGUCAAGGUCCUCAUUGAACUGGCACGCCGCCGAGAGCGACCCGUCCCGGAAGAAGACGCCCGAGCCCUGGCGGACAAAAUAGGAGCGGUAGCCUACAUAGAAUGCUCCUCUCUCACACAGAAAAACCUUAAGGAGGUGUUUGACGCCGCCAUCUCCGUCGGGCUCCGACACUCCGAUCGAAGAUCCAGACGAGAGCGGAAGGUCCACAGUACUGCUGAUAAAAUGAAAAUGCUCUCGAAGUCGUGGUGGAAGAAAUAUAUCUGCAUACAGUAGCGAAGAUCAAACCCAUCUUCUGAGGCAUGAACACUGUGAUAGACUCUUGUUUAGCGUCACGCUCCUCAAGCGGAUGAUGGUCAGUUGAUAACGAAUCAACAAAGGACAGUGUUGCUACUGUAAGGAUGAUGUGAAUGGUUGCAAAAGGUACAACUAGCUUCCCAAUAACCUAUGCAGGGCUGUUGCUAAAAGUCACAGGGCUCAGGAUAAAGAUUUUCUUCUCUGUGGCCAUUGAGUAGAUGUAGAGGACCUUAUCUGCUAUGUUUCCAUCCAUGUAUUUUCAUGCAAAUUUGGGAUAUUGCAUAAACACGAAAUGGAAAUUACAUAAAAGUUGCACGCUAGAUCAAUUUAGGUUAAUAUGUCUUUUUAUUCAAUAAGAAAACAUGCAUAUAACUGUAAGCUACAAUGGAAACACAUUUGCGAAUUAAUGCCUGGUUGCGCAACAAAACUCAAGUGCCUCAACAUGUGACUGGGUGACCGAUUUCAUUGCAUACCAUUGAAAUCAUAUAUUAUGUAGGGGAAAAAAAUUUUUUUUCUUUACGCCAGUUUUACCAGGAAUUGACUAUUUUGUUCUCUGGAACACAUGAAAUGGAAACGGUACUUGAUUCGCAAAUGUUUUAUGCAAUAUUCCAGUCUAAUUCGCAAGUUUGAAUGCAAACAUAGCUACUGAGACUCUUCAUCACAAAGCCUGGGAUGACAUUCCCAGUUGUGCUCCGAUAAACAAUGCUGACUGUACAGUAUGAGCGCUCGAAAUGGCUCAACUGGAUAGUGAAGAACACUGUUGACCUCUUCCACAGCCAAAACCCUCUGAUUAUGAAUUUAAAAAUCAUUUACUGCUUUUAUUUUUUUAACCAAAUACAGUGGUGCGUUUCUAUUUAUUUACCCAUGAGUUCUACCUGAGAAAUGCAUGUAUGAACGUUAUGCAGCCACAUGUUAAUGAUGCUAGCAUGCUAACACUGGUGAUUAAGCCCCCUUGCUGAGGUCACAAAGGCAGUCCUGUGGCCGUUUAUGCCCACUCUUAAGUGGUUCUUCUAUCCCAUCAUGCUGAAGUGUUCAGUCUGUAACUGAACCUACUUGUAACUGUAGUCCACCUUAUGAUCAUUUGGAGUGUAACUGCAAGUCUUUGGUUCCUGGUUAACACAGCCUUGAAAUGGAUGGUGUUCAGUGAACUCUUGUUUACUGUUAGUCACAGAAAGGUGGACCUGUUAUCCAUAACACAUCACCUUUGUAUGCCAUACAGUGCAUUGCACUUGUGAUCUCUUGUUAACCCCUAUUGCAGUGCUUAUAUUUGACUUGAUUAACACUGACGUGCCAUGUUGUAAAAACUCUAGUACAAAGUUCUUUGGCUAUGUGGCCUCCUGUUUAACCAGCAGUGAUGGAGAUGAUCAGCCAAUGAGAUGUUGAAUUUGCUUCUCAUUAUUCAGAAGCCCAAUCAGAGACAUUCAGUCAGAGAUCCGCCACAAACGACAGAGCGCAACAGUAGGGUUCAGGAAGUAAAAAUCCCAAUCAACUUUCCCCUCUGUCUCAAUCAAAACUAAGAUUCUUCUGUACAGUGAAGAUUUCAAUGUUAACUAUGAAAUUGGCAGUGAAACAGCAAAU